GAACAUUGUAAGAACAACAGAAAUGGAGAAUCUUUCUUUGGAUAUUUCAGCUAACAGCAGGCUUUCAAGAGACUUGUUGCAGAGGUUUAUGGGUACUGCUAGUGAGUAUGAGGAGGCAGUGAAGGAGGAGGAGGAUGAGGAGAUUGAGUUGAAUCUUGGGUUGUCAUUGGGGGGAAGAUUUGGUGUGGACAAGAGUUCUCAGAAGUUGGUGAGGUCUUCUUCCGUAGCCAGUUGUUUGCCUGUGGUGAGGGAUGAUAAUGAUUUCGUGGCACCGGCACCGGUGGUGUAUUUGGGCUUGGCGAGGACCUCUUCCCUUCCUGUGGAGACGGAGGAGGAGUGGAGAAAGAGGAAGGAGUUGCAGACCUUGAGUAGAAUGGAGGGUAAGAGGAGAAGGUCUGAGAAGCAAAGGAAUUUGAGGAGUGAUAAAGAAGGGGGUGGAAACGGAGGUGGAACUUUGAGUUUGGAGGAAAGGAAGGAAAUUGAGGUGAAUUUGAGGGAGAGAUUGGAUAGGGAGAAGUCUUUGUCUAAGAGGGCAGGCUCAUCGCUCCGGUCACAAUUUGGGUUGUCUUCGUGGGCAGCUGCUGCUGCUAGUCAGGCCAUUCUUCGAAGUGGGAUUGAUGCAGCAUUGGCAAAAGGAAAGGGAAGCUAUGUUGGAAGUAGUGGUGGGAUACAAGGGCUUGGGCAACCGGCGUCCCAAGGGUCGGUGGAAUCAAAAGGGGGAAGUUCUUCAAGUAUGUCGGAUUUGGAGAGUAAAACUCUACAAGGAUCCAGCAGUGAGCUCAGCCCUGCCAGCAUCCAGUCCUUGCAAGAAGGAGGCAGUCAGGAACUCGGCUCUUCUGGAACCCGAGAGAAUGACAAGAGAACAAGAGAACAAACAAGCAGAAUGACAGGAUCCGAGACGGACAGCCCGUCUAAGAGACCUGAAGCCUCAAGAACCCGAGGGAAGGAAGUCGGGACAAACUCAAUGGAGGAUAUGCCUUGUGUUUUCACAAAAGGUGAUGGACCCAACGGCAGAAGGGUCGAUGGAAUACUGUAUAAAUACGGAAAAGGCAAAGAAGUAAGAAUAAUGUGUGUAUGCCACGGCAACUUCCACUCACCGGCAGAGUUCGCCAAGCAUGCAGGUGGUACCGAUGUGGAUCACCCACUCAAGCAUAUUGUUGUAAACCCAAACUCUUCUUCCCUGUUGUAAUCGCGGUUGUCUGCAUGCCAUUGUCUAAACCGAGGAGUCAAAUCGUGUGAACAUUCUUAGAGAGUAGCGGCUUUUUGUUUUCCAUUUUUGAGUUUGGCUUUCUUUCCGAAACUAAUUGAUACUCAUGUUUCCAUGGGGAAUCAUAUAAAAAAGAAAAGUUUUGGAUGAUCUUUGCAGAUUGUGUUGAUGGAAUGUGGAGGAGAGCUACUGUGCUAGUAAUGAAUAGCCUCAACCUUCGUCAGUGCAUUGACUAACCUGAGUACUGUGUUUUGAGGCAGCAAACAACUGAUUCUAACAUGAAAUUUCAAAGGGAUUUCCCUUUCUUGAUCCUUA